UUGGAGCGGCAAGAGCGUAGCCCGCUGAGGACCAUGGACGCCCCGCCCGCCCAGGCCAUCUUCAGGGUGCCCGGGAGCACCUGCGCUCCCUGCCUCAGCCCUGAGCUCUGAACGCGCCACCUCACUGGAUUCUGCCCCCAGAAGCAUGUGAAAUAGAUUACUUCAUUUAAAGUAAGGAAAUAGUAGCACGGUUUCCUGGCAGUUUCCUGGCUCUCCAGACCUUUCCCAGGAUGGAUGCAAUCACGUUCACAGCAAGGAAGCAUCCAUUACCUAAUGAGAUCUCCGUGGACUUCGGCUUGCAGCUGGUGGGCUCCUUGCCUGUGCAUGCUCUCACCACUAUGCCCAUGCUGCCAUGGGUGGUUGCCGAGGUACGGAGACACAGUGGCCAGUGCUCCAAACAGGAGCCUGGCAUCAAGCAAGUCCGCCUUUGGGUUUCUCCCUCCGGGCUGAAAUGUGAACCUGACCUGAGGAAAAGUCAGCAAUGGGACCCACUCAACUGUUCCAGCAUCUUUGAGUGCAAGCCUCAGCGUGUUCACAAGCUGAUCCACAACAGCCAUGACCCGAGUUACUUUGCUUGUCUUAUUAAGGAGGAUGCUGCCCACAGCCAGAGCCUCUGCUAUGUGUUCAAAGCGGACGAUCAAACAAAAGUGCCUGAGAUCAUUAGCUCCAUUCGACAGGCAGGGAAGAUCGCCCGCCAGGAAGAGCUGCGCUGCCCCUCCGAGUUCGACGACACCUUCGCCAAAAAGUUCGAGGUCCUUUUCUGUGGCCGGGUCACUGUGGCCCACAAGAAGGCGCCACCCGCGCUGAUUGACGAGUGCAUCGAGAAGUUCAACCAUGUGAGCUGCGGCCCCAGGACUGACUGGGAUGCACCCUCAGGGCCCCAGUCUGCACCGGGACCCCGGCCCAUGCGCAAGUCCUUCUCCCAGCCUGGCCUGCGCUCCUUGGCCUUCAGGAAGGAGUUCCAGGACGCCAGCCUCCGCAGUAGCACCUUCAGCUCCUUUGACGAUGGCAGCAUCGAGAACCACCUUAUUGGCGGACACAAUGUGGUUCAGCCCACAGACAUGGAGGAGAACCGAACAAUGCUUUUCACGAUUGGCCAAUCUGAAGUUUACCUCAUCAGCCCUGACACCAAAAAGGUCGCACUGGAGAAAAACUUUAAGGAGAUCUCCUUCUGCUCUCAGGGCAUUAGGCACGUGGACCACUUUGGGUUCAUCUGUCGGGAGUGCUCGGGCGGCGGCGGUGGCGGCUUCCAUUUCGUCUGUUACGUUUUCCAGUGCACAAAUGAAGCCCUGGUCGACGAGAUCAUGAUGACCCUGAAGCAGGCUUUCACGGUGGCUGCCGUACAGCAGACUGCGAACGCUCCAGCCCAGCUGUGUGAGGGCUGCCCCUUGCAGGGCCUGCACAAGCUCUGCGAGAGGAUAGAGGGAAUGAAUUCAUCUAAAACCAAAUUAGAACUCCAGAAGCACCUAACCACACUGACCAAUCAGGAGCAGGCAAUGAUUUUCGAGGAAGUUCAGAAACUGAGACCAAGAAAUGAGCAGCGGGAGAAUGAAUUAAUUAUUUCUUUCCUGAGAUGUUUAUAUGAAGAGAAGCAGAAAGAGCACACCCACCCCGGGGAGCCGAAGCAGACACCUCAGGUGGCAGCCGAGAAUAUUGGGAGUGAACUGCCACCCAGUGCUAGCCGGUUCAGGCUAGAUACACUAAAGAACAGAGCGAAGAGGUCCUUAACAGAGUCCCUGGAGAGCAUUCUGUCCCGGGGUAAUAAAGCCAGAGGCUUGCAGGACCAUUCCGCCAGCGUGGAUCUGGACAGCUCCACUUCGAGUACCCUAAGUAACACCAGCAAAGAGCUGUCCAUGGGUGACAAGGAGGCUGUGCCCAUCUCUGAGAGCUCCUUCAAGCUCCUUGGCUCUUCCGAUGACCUGUCCACUGACUCAGAGAGCCACAUUGCAGAAGAGUCUGCUCUGUUGUCACCGCAGCAGGCGUUCAGGAGGAGAGCCAACACCCUGAGUCAUUUCCCUGUGGAGUGCCUGGUGCCUCCAGAACCUGCUCAGAGCUCUCCAGGGGUCUCUCAAAGAAAACUCAUGAGGUAUCACUCCGUGAGCACGGAGACACCUCAUGACCACAAUGUGGACCAUCUUCCUGGGGGUGAGUCUAAGUGCUGCUCAGGGCAGCCUUCAGCUCCUCCUCCGCCUCGUCUUAACCCCUCCGCCUCCUCACCAAACUUUUUUAAGUACCUAAAACAUAAUUCCAGUGGAGAACAAAGUGGGAAUACUGUGCCAAAAAGUGUCUUCUACCGUAACGCCCUGCGGAAAAAACUCCAUUCUUCCUCCUCUGUGCCAAAUUUUCUAAAAUUUCUGGCUCCUGUAGAUGAAAAUCACACCUGUGACUUUAUGAGCACGAACAGGGACUUUGAAUCCAAAGAAAACCACCUGGGUGACACAGAUGGGACCCCCAUGAAGACCCGGCGCCAUUCAUGGAGACAGCAGAUAUUCCUUCGAGUGGCCACUCCACAGAAGGCAUGUGAUUCCCCAAGCAGAUAUGAAGAUUAUUCUGAGCUGGGAGAGCUCCCACCACGCUCCCCUUUAGAGCCAGUAUGUGAAGACAGACCGUUUGGCCCUGUACCGGAAGAGAAGAAGAGGACAUCACGCGAGCUUCGGGAGCUGUGGAAGAAGGCGAUUCUGCAGCAGAUCCUGCUGCUCAGGAUGGAGAAGGAGAAUCAGAAGCUACAAGCCUCUGAGAGUGAUUUGCUGAACAAACGCCUGAAGCUUGACUAUGAAGAAAUCACUCCUUGUCUUAAAGAAGUAACUGCAGUGUGGGAAAAGCUGCUCAACACUCCCGGGAGAUCCAAAACUAAAUUUGACAUGGAAAAGAUGCACUCAGCUGUUGGGCAAGGUGUGCCACGCCAUCACCGGGGUGAGAUCUGGAAAUUUCUAGCAGAGCAGUUCCACCUUAAACAUCCAUUUCCCAGUAAACAACAGCCAAAGGAUGUGCCCUACAAAGAGCUCUUGAAGAAGCUGACCUCCCAGCAGCACGCCAUUCUCAUCGACCUUGGGCGAACCUUUCCAACACAUCCGUACUUCUCUGCACAGCUUGGAGCGGGUCAGCUGUCACUUUACAACAUUCUGAAAGCCUACUCGCUCCUGGACCAGGAAGUGGGAUACUGCCAAGGCCUCAGCUUUGUGGCAGGCAUUUUGCUUCUUCAUAUGAGUGAGGAAGAAGCAUUCAAGAUGCUCAAGUUCCUGAUGUUUGACAUGGGGCUACGGAAACAGUAUCGGCCAGACAUGAUUAUUUUACAGAUCCAGAUGUACCAGCUGUCACGGCUCCUCCAUGACUACCACAGAGACCUCUACAACCACCUGGAAGAGCACGAGAUCGGCCCCAGCCUCUACGCAGCACCUUGGUUUCUCACCGUGUUUGCCUCACAGUUCCCACUUGGCUUUGUAGCCAGAGUCUUUGAUAUGAUCUUCCUUCAGGGGUCAGAGGUCAUAUUUAAAGUGGCUUUAAGUCUCUUGGGGAGCCAUAAGCCCUUGAUCCUGCAGCACGAGAACCUGGAAACCAUAGUGGACUUCAUCAAGAGCACACUGCCCAACCUGGGCUUGGUGCAGAUGGAGAAGACCAUCAGUCAGGUGUUCGAGAUGGACAUCGCCAAACAGCUACAAGCCUAUGAGGUUGAGUACCAUGUGCUCCAAGAGGAACUUAUUGACUCCUCUCCCCUCAGCGACAACCAAAGAAUGGAUAAACUGGAGAAAACCAACAGCAGCUUGCGCAAACAGAACCUCGACCUCCUGGAACAACUGCAGGUGGCAAACGCUAAGAUCCAAAGCCUUGAAGCUACAGUGCAGACGCUUCUGACCAGCGAGAGCAAGCUGAAGCAGGCUGCGCUGACCCUGGAGGCGGAGCGCUCCGCGCUGCUGCAGAUGGUGCAGGAGCUGCGAAGGCAAAGCGCCCAGCCCAGCACUCCGGAGCCAGACUGCACCCAGCCAGAAUCCACGGGUGACUGACAGCACCCAGGACAGACUGUGCACCACUAACACUGUCCAGGCCUUAAUCGAGAGAGACAGGAGCUGGAGGCAGAGAAGAGAGCGCUUCUCAGGGAGGAAGCUGGCUCGCCAGCCUGCAGGUUCUUUUGAGCUCAGACUCAGAGUUAGGAGGACAGCAGUCCCACAGUUUUUGUUGUUUUCGGUUCUAAUCCACCCCCUUCCCAGGCCUGGUUGUUGUAGCCUUAGACGGCAUGGACGUGAAUAAAUGUACCUUUAUGGUCCCUCCUCCUUCAGACAGACACAUUGUUUGAAAAGAACAUUCAUGACACCAGUGUUUCAAGAGGGGUGUGAAAUAAUUCCUCAGGCAAAAGUGUGGUCCUCUGUCAGUCUGCAAGAAAAGGUUGUUGUGACCAGGCCCUUGGUGUCAGCACGAGGUGCAGCGGGUCCCUGUCCAUUUUUAUUGUGGAAACCUGAGAUGGCCGUGGGGAGGAUUGAAAGGGGUUUAUUUAAAUUGAACAGAUCGGUCAUUCCUGAGGGCUCUCCUGUUGGUACUGAAGAAGCUCAUGUUUCACA